UCUUGUCUUAUAGCAGCUAAAUUAAAUAAUAUAUAUAAAUUAAAUAAACUAAAUUGAUACGUGUUUUAUAACUAAAAUGAUCAGGAACCUACACCUUAACUUAUAAAAUUCAACAGAUUACUACUACUACUACUACUACUAGAACUUUCAACCAUAUUUUAUUUAAAAGCUCGUAACUUAACUUCCAGUGUUUGCUGCAAGAUAACCCCAACAAAAUCGUGGAAACCUGCCCAAUUUACCUACCUUCUUAAAACUGACUCCAAUAACCCAGAGUUAGUGACAAAGGCCAACGUCUAAAAUAAAGAAUAUAAAGGUUCAAGAUGUCGUUCGAGUUUUAUCUCGAUGCGGAAGUUCGCUCGAAACGCCGCAUUCGCAACUGGUACUACAACAACUUGCAGAGAGUGUUGGAACAGGCCAAGGAGAACCAGGCUCGGAAUAUAGACACUUCUGUUGCUAUGGCCAAGGAACUUAAUGCGAUCUUGGAUGAACCCCGUGACAAACCUCGUGAAGUGCCCCCUCACGACGUGACCCCACAAGAGAAGGCCGAAAUGAUGAAGCCUGUUGAGCCAGAAGUGCUGGACAUCCUGUACGGUAGCUCGGAGAAGUAUGCAGACCAGCGGUACCUCAAGGCCAGGAACAAGAAGGGACCGGAAGACAAAUAUUACUUCCGCGUGGUAUCGAGCUGGGACUACGGCUGGCAGCAGAAGUCGAGCCGCUUGCCCGUGAAGGACGUCCACCACGGCCGCUGUGCGCUCCUGAGAGAAACGUUUUACAGGAAGAAUAACCUCGCACCCGACCCGCCGACAUAUGCACAGCCGGUCGGCGGGGAGUUCUCAGUGUGCACGCAAUACUCGUGCUACGCUGGCUAGAUGUAGGUAUAAACGUUCUACAGAAAGAACCCCACGCCCGACCAGCCGACAUACGAACAGACCGUGGGCGGGGAGUUCUCAGUGUGCACGCAAUACUCGUGCUACGCUGGCUAGAUGUAGGUAUAAACGUUCUACAGAAAAAACCGCACGCCCGACCAGCCGACAUACGAACAGACCGUGGGCGGGGAGUUCUCAGUGUGCACGCAAUACUCGUGCUACGCUGGCUAGAUGUAGGUAUAAACGUUCUACAGAAAGAACCCCACGCCCGACCAGCCGACAUACGCACAGACCGUGGGCGGGGAGUUCUCAGUGUGCACGCAAUACUCGUGCUGCGCUGGCUAGAUGUAGGUAUAAAUAUUCCACAGAGCGGACACCAUGGAAAUCGUUUUAGUGUUUAUAUGCACACAUGUCAUAAGUUUAGUAUCAAUGCGUGUCAAUCUGCCGCGGCGGGAUGAGGUAAUUCCAUUCGAGGCGGGUGCUACCACUUACGUACGCUGGAUAGUUCGAUCACUUGAAAUGUUAAUAGAUGGAAUGUACUUGCUUUGCGUCUAGAACUGGGCUAGCAAAAAAUAAUCUAUAAGAAGGUCGAAAAAUAAUAGACAUAUUUAUAGCAAAAAACAUAUAAUUUUAUAUUUUUAUUAUUUACAAUAUUUCAACUUUUAUUUACAUAUUAACAACAGCAAAUGUACCUAGUUUAAGGCCACAUCUCACUGUCAGAAAGGGAAUUAUUACAAAAUAAAAAUGUGUACAGUUAAUCUUAUUAGAGUCGUUUACAAUUAAUUUACAAUAAUCUAGUCGUUGCCCCGCUGUAGAAGCGCUAAUAUGAUGCAUGAGGUCAAUGGUAAACGCGUUUCCAUGGAUACAUUUGGUGCUCUGGCGGUCUAGCGUAGCGUAGGUCAUAGCGUAAGGGCUGAUUUAGACGGCGUGCGAACUCGCAUGCGAUUUUAGUUACAUUGCGGACUGUUGGUUACGUCCAAUUCAACCGACGGAUCAAAAGCCGCAAUGUAAUGAAACUCGCAUGCGAGUUCUCGCAUCGUCUAUAUGAGCCCUAAGUUGCGUUCUCGCGCGCGAGUCCAUACUUGAAGUCGCGCUUGAUGUAUGGAGUCGCGCGCGAGAACGCAACUCAUGCUAGACCGCCUGAUGUUGGCUCCACGAGUUAAAAUUUAUUAUAUUCAAAGAGUUUACUGUGAUCAUCGCGGAAAACAAUCAAAAGCGAAAUACGACCCAGUGUAAAAGGGACCGUAAAGUCCAACCACAGCGAAAUAAUUCCAUUUUAUCUGUUGCGUAACUGCUUUUGUCUUCACACACAACAUUGCCGCCAUAAUUGAAGAAGUUACUUGUAUUUUUAAAACCCUUUUUUUAACCUUUUCCACACGCCAAAAACGUCUAGAGACGUCAUCACACAAGCUAAUCAUCUAGGUAACUACGUUUUUAACUAAAGAUCCUGAAGAUGGCGUGUGAGAGAUAUCGAUGAAAGGUUAUGUAAGACUUGAAGAAACAAAUGUACCCAUUGAAACACAAACUAAAUAAUGCUAAGAUGUUACAAUUAAAAAUAAUCAACCAUCGUUAUGUCAACAACAUUCACUCACUCUAACAAAUUAUCAUCUACGAAAAAAUAAAAUAUUAAUAAAUAUGA